AUGGCGGCCCUGGACGAUCAGGUGGCAAGGAGGGCAGCAGCCCGAGAGAAGGACGCCAUGGAUGCAGCCGAGGCACACCGACGAGCUGCUGCAGACUGGGCGCUCAAGGCAGCAAUGGAGGAGGAGAGGGAGCAAGAGAAGCUGCUCAUGUAUAAGGCCGGCGAGGCUCAGCUGCUGGGCCAGCUGGCCGAGAGACGGGAAGCGGCAGCGGUCGCCUUGGCAGCGAAUCUCGCUGAAGGCACCGCGCAGCGGCUGGCCGCCGAGCGGCUGGCCAGGCAGGAGGUAGAAGGGGAGAGGGAGCGGCGCGCUGCGGGCGCUGCCCUGCUGGAGGAGGUGGCGGCGUUCAACGCGCUGCGCCUGGGUCGAAAGGAGGCCGCCCAGCGCGCCCAGCGUGCGGAGGACGAGGCCAUCGUACGCUUCAACAUGGAGAAGGACGCCCAGGAGCAGGAUGAGAGGGAGGCUACCGAGCUUGCAAAGGAGGAGGCUGCAGAGGCGCUGAAGGCCCAGUCAAAGUCAGCGCAGCUCGCAACCAUGAAGCAGCAACUGGAGUACAAGGCAGAGGCGGCCAAACGGGCAGCCGAGGAGGAGGCUGCAGAGGCUGUCAAAGAAGCGAAGAAGAAGGCUGCUGCUGCUGCACUGAGGACGACCCUGCAGUCCCAGCUGCGGGAGCUUGCAGCCUUGACCGAGGCUGGGAGGUUUAAGGAGGUUCAGGAGGCACAAGCACAAGCCGCCGCUGCAGAGGCCGAGCGGAAUGCGCUGGAGCGUCUCAAACAAGAGAAGCUGGCAUUGCUGAGUCAUGUGCCAGCCAAGUAUAGAGUGGAUCUGGAACGGCUGCAAGUGGCAUGA